UUGUGCACGUUUAGGCGUUUUUGCACGUAGGCGGAUCUACAGUGAGGCUGCGUUAAUACUGUUUACAGACUGGGAGGUUAUAAAGUGCAUGAGCCAGAGCUGCCUCUUGUAGAUUAGCACUAGGCUGCUGGCUGGCUAGUGAAGGAGUGGGUGUGCUGGCCAUACACACUGAGACAAUAGCGGGCUCCAAUUUUAGAAAGAAACUCUUCCUCUCUGAGGCUGCUUCUUGUUGAUUCCUUUUAAUUGUUACUAGCACUGUGACGGAAAAUGGUUCAGAAUAAGAUUGCGGAGUUGAAAGGUUUCCACCGCUCAUUCAAGGGGCAGACUCCUUUUGAUGAUUAUUGUGAUGACACUGGACCAUCUCCUGUUGAGAAGGUGUUUAAUUUCGAUUGUCCUAGACCUGACAUGCCCUCGAGUCUGCCCAUUGACAUCCCAGAUGCCAAGAAAAGAAAUAAGAAGAAAAAAAGAUGUCGGGCCACAGACAGUUUCAGUGGCAAAUUUGAAGAUGUUUACAAGCUAAAUGGUGAGAUGUUGGGAGAAGGUUCAUUUGCCAGAGUCCAGACCUGUGGAAAUCUAAUCACCAACAAAGAAUAUGCUGUGAAGAUUAUUGAGAAGAGACCAGGCCACAGUCGCAAUCGGGUGUUCCGUGAAGUGGAAAUGCUCUAUCAAUGUCAGGGACACAGGAACAUUCUUGAACUGAUCGAAUUUUUUGAAGAUGAGGACAAGUUCUAUUUGGUUUUUGAAAAGAUGAAAGGAGGCUCUGUAUUAACACACAUCCACAGACGAAAGCACUUCAAUGAACGAGAGGCCAGUGUUGUUGUCCGUGAGAUAGCGAGUGCGCUGGACUUUCUGCAUAACAAAGGCAUGGCCCAUAGAGAUUUGAAACCAGAAAACAUCUUGUGUGAGAACCCAGAACAGCUUUCCCCAGUCAAGAUCUGUGACUUCGACUUGGGAAGUGGAAUCAAACUGAAUGGUGAUUGCUCCCCCAUUUCAACCCCUGAACUUCUGACACCGUGUGGGUCUGCAGAGUACAUGGCACCAGAAGUUGUGGAGGCAUUUAAUGAAGAGGCUACGAUCUAUGAUAAGCGUUGUGACCUCUGGAGCUUGGGUGUUAUAUUGUACAUCAUGCUCAGUGGAUAUCCGCCUUUUGUAGGAAACUGUGGUACUGACUGUGGUUGGGACCGAGGGGAGGCCUGUCUUUCCUGUCAGAAUAACCUAUUUCAGAGUAUUCAAGAAGGAAAGUAUGAAUUCCCUGAUAAGGACUGGGCACACAUCUCUUUUGGUGCAAAGGAUCUCAUUACUAAACUCUUAGUCAGAGAUGCUAAGAAGAGGCUCAGUGCAGCACAAGUACUGGAACACCCAUGGGUGCAAGGGCAUGCACCAGAGCAUACACUUCCAACACCACGCCUUCUCCAGAGGAACAGCAGUGCCAAAGAUCUCACAUUCUUUGCAGCUGAAGCAAUCGCAGUAAACAGGCAGCUGACUCAGCAUGAAGAAAAUCAGGACGAGGAGAAUCCGCCAAUCCUCAUUAAAGCUACCUCAUGUUCCAUGCGACUGUCUCCACCCUCAGAAUCUAAAUUGGCCAAACGGAGGCAGAAGACGAGUGCAAUCAAGGCAGCCAAUCAGCAGUUGUUGCCAUCCUUGGUUCUGGUUGACAAUUGUGUGUGACAUCAUUUCUUCCCUCGAGCACAUAGCGACUAAACCCAGAACCUUCUAGUUGGCUGGCUGUAAGUCUGGCGUUGUUACAGUACUGCUCCACGUAAGAAAGAACUGUUUACAGCAUUUGAAACCUGCAUGGGAUAAGUAUGUGAAUCCCCGCGAUGAUACUAAGAGUCAGAAAACUGAGAAAAGGGCAAAGAUUUAAAUAACGACUUUGUGUCUUCACCAAAGGAACGUUUUUAAGAGCAGGUUUUACAUUUUGUUUUGUACUGUGAUCACCUUCAUGACAACUAUAGUUUAGAUUUUGCUGCUUUUUACAUUGGUAUCCAUUUGGGCCUCUGGUUCUGGAGCGCAGUGUCUACACAGUGAUCAAUGACCAGUUUAUUUUUCCAAUAGGGUCUUCCUGGACACUGGCCUUUAGUGUAUUUGGCAGGCGUACGUGGGGAUUGUCAUUGGCUGCAAAAGACCUGCACUUCAGAAGCAAGCACCAAAACAUCAUCUAAAAGGCAGCAAUUUAUUUUGCAUUUUUCAGAUAUGUGCAGGCUUGCUCCUAAUCUCCAGUGUAAAAAAAAAUCAGGGCUACAUUUUGCAUACCAGAUUUUUGAGAAGACUGAGAAAGAUUUUGUAUAUUCAGUUUUUUUUUAAAUCUCUAGUUGUACACCUAUUUUCUCUGGUAUCAAUGUGACUUUUUAAAAUCUCACCCACUCUGACCAGCAUGUCCUAGAAAAAAGUUUCCUUUAAUUUCUGCCAAGUUCAUAAAUGUAAGUAUAUUCUGCAUUUAUUUUGAGUCUUUGGGAAUCUGUAGCAGGACUUUAGUUCAGGAAAUAUGACAGUGAUUGGUGAUGGAGAACAAGAAUUUGACUGAGAAAAAGGCAUUCCAGAUACAAAAAUGCGAGUAGUCUUUAUCUAAGAUUGCGUGAAAUCUUCCAAAUCUUUUCUUUUGAGAAAAGAAAAGUGUUUACAUCUCCGUUUCUAAAAUUGUCUGUGGAUGGAGUCUGAAAGUGCCACAUUCUGAUUUUGAAGUUUUGAAAAGUGGGUGCUAUCUGUGUUUGUGUGAUUUAUAGGCAGGUUCGGCCUAUCCUUUUGUUUUAAUGUGGUGGUUAUAUUCAAAGCCAUUGAAUGUAUAUGUUGAGCUUUUCACUGUAUUGCAGAAAUAGAGCGCACAAAACUGAGUUGGACAUUUUGAAAUCCAUUUUUAAAAUGUACCAUGAAAUGCAAGCGUACACUGCAUUUCCAAUGUGAGGAAGGUGUGGCAACAACACCUUUUUCUUUAUGCUCUACUGCUUUGUAUCAGUUAGGUUGGGCAAUCAAAACUAUUGCAGGGAUAACCAUGCUUGACAUUAAAGAAAUGCUGUCCUUUUGUGGGCAGUAUUAAAUUGAACUUGCAUAAAUGACCCCUGAAUUAGGAACAGGGCUACUAGUUGUGCCACAGGAAUAUUUAGCAAUCCACUGCCACCUUUUUUAUUAUUGUAAAAAUAUUCUACUAAUGAAAGGUAUGGGAAGGAAUGAUGUCUCCCAGAGAAAUCUAUUAUUUAUUGUCUGUCCAGAGGUAGCCAUUUUUGACCAUCUGAGCGAACUUAUAGUUUACCUUUUCUGAAAGACUGCUGCCCCUGCUCAGUAAAAUGUAAGCCCUUGGUGAGGACAGGAAUAGAUUUGGCUCUAAUUUUCUGAUGCCAACAUUUAUAGUCACUGUUCACCUGUAAAUAAGGUGCACUUACAUGAGGUACAGAAGGCAACUUGGACAGUGGGAUGUAAUCCAGUUGGGGUACCAAUACCUGGAAUGGGACAGGGGAAGAUGGGAUAAAACCUAAAUUGUUACCUUUUCAUCUAAAAUGUUUUAACCUAACUGUACUUAGUACCAUGAAAACAAAAUGGUUGAAUGGCCACUUGGCUGUUGAGAUCUGAUUUUUGCAUUGUUAUAGAGAUCACCUUUUGGCUGUGAAUUCUACUGAUCAUCAAAGUUUUUGUUUGUAAGUUUGCUUUUCUCAGUUUAGAAGAAGUAUGUGCAAAAAAUAUUGCAUGAGGCAACUCUCAAGUGAAUGUUUUUUAAAAAAAAACUGCUUCCCAGGAAGGGUUGGGAAUUUGCAUGUCAAUGUUGGCAGCAAAUAACUUCAGAUGGGGGAUCAGUUCAGGUAUGAAAAUGUUUAAGAUUAAUCUCAAAAGAAAAACCUUCCAACUAAUGAUCUUGCUGAAGGGAUUUUUGUCAGGUGAAUUAGUAGGUAUAAUUUAUGUGGGGGUUAAAACUGAAUUGGGAUUUCUAAAAAUGGCUCUCCUACUUUAAUGCAAGUUCCCUGCUCUGGCUCCGUUGCUCAAUCCAACUCUACAUUCUGAAACAGUAUUAUCAGCAAUUGUAUGGUACUUUAUGAUGAAGCUGGUAGUACAAGAAACCAAUUUAAAUUAUCAAGUACAUUGCUAUUACGUUUGCUGAAUAAGACAUGUUCUUGUUGUCUUAUACUAAGACUACUUGAAUUUUGUAUGCAUUGCAUCAUCUCAUUCAAAUGCUACCUUGUGCUGGAUGGUAGCGCAGCUUGGUUUAGUUAAGCAUAGGCCAUUAUCGAGCACUGUUGGUAUAUUAGCUAGCUCCUAAGGGGCAUGAAGCGAAAGCACUUUACACACCAGGUGACUGAUGAGGCUCACUCUAAAUCUUCUUACUGUUGUUGCCAGGAUUUUUGUAUUGUUUUAUAAAAAUUUUAAUAAAUGCUUUGAACUUAA